AUGGACGAGGGAUCAAGUAAUGAUCGUGCCACGGAGACCGUCAUCAAAUCGGUCUCCGGUAUAACGGCAGCUUCGGUCGAGGAUGGCAACAAUAGUCCUGAGCAAGCGGAAACAGUACGCAAACGUUUACAAGCUUGCGAAAUUGCUUCAGUGGAUGCGGAUGAAAUGGUAUGGGAACCAAACAGAAAUGAGGAGAAAACGUUUCAUGAAUUACAACCAAUCAAUGAAAAAGAAUUCGAAUUCUUGAUUCCGAGCACUUCUAGAAAGGUGCUAAAAAGAGCUCAGGAUACUACAGAAGAACGGAAAAACGAACACAAACGGUGGCGUACAGCAAUCGAUGGAUAUGCGCAAUAUUCAGAAUGGAUUUCUAAAGUUAAUGAAAAAGUGGAAGAUAUGCCAGAUUUGGAUAGUACCGAAAGUCUAACUACCACUACCGAAGCUACGGAUGAUCCAGAAGCGGAAUAUUUCAUUGCUGUGGAUUCAAUGAGGGAUGUUAUUGAUCAGAUUCAAAAGGCUAGAGCAGCGCAAUCAGAAGAAACGGCGGAAAGUGACGCGAAACUAGAUGAAAUCUUGAAACAUUGUGAAGAACAUACGAAACGAAUUAGUUUAUUUGAAGAUAAAAUUAUUCAGGAUUAUCAAAUGUUUGUAUGCUUCGCGUGCGGUCGGGUUUUUGAUGACGAGAUUGCAAUGAGAAAUCAUGUAAAUGAAAUUCAUCUUUCUAACAGGAAUUAUAUUUUCAAAUGUCGCUAUUGCUACAGACGUUUCAAAUUGAAACAUCAUUUGCAACGUCAUGAACGUAUACACGAUCUAUCACUUGUGCAUAUUUGUAAUCGGUGCUCUUCAUCAUUUCGGAAGUUUGAAUCGUUAGUUGCGCACAGAAGUAGGGCUCAUGGAAUUGAUGAAAACGGUGAAAAAAUUAUAAAUUUAAAAUAUAAUUGUAAUAAGUGCAAGCAGAAGUUUGGAACUUUUAUCGAAUUAAAUAGACAUAAAUAUUUUUGUUUGAACGAAUCUCGCAGCAAACAGCAGAAGAAAACCAGUUGUGCUUCUCCUUCUUCAUCCACAAGUUCGAUAUUUUCUCUGUCUUCAAGACCUAAAGUUGACAAGACGUGUAGAAUAUGUAAUAAGAAAUUCGCCUCGCGACAGUCACUUAUACGACAUAUAGGUCGAAUUCAUCCGGAGGAAAGAAUUGAUAAAAUUAAACAGUAUGAAGUCGUUCAAUCGCCAGAUCUUCCGUUUGCUUGUAAUAUUUGUUCCAAACGUUUCACGACCAGAACAUUGAUGUUAGUUCAUCGUAAGCGACACGAAGGAAGGCAUUUUGCCUGUGAAUUGUGUGGGAAGACAUAUCCAUUGGCAAGUGAAUUACGAAAACAUAUCAAACGUGUACAUGGGAAUUCUUCGGGAAGUCAUGAGGAAUCGAAAGAUUCUGCUACAGAGUGCAGCGAUACAAAUGCUGUCGAUAGACAAAAUUCAGGUGCGCAACAAUCGGUGCCAGCAGAGCAGAGCAGCAAGUGUGAUUACGAAGAUCUUACCGAUUUCAGUGUUAUGUAA